UGACCUCGAAAGCGUUGGGUUGGUGGGCCUUGGACAUACAGUCGUGAGUCGAAGAUAGUAGAUUGCGUGGGAGUGCCGUGUAUGUCCAGUCUAUCGCUUGAUGAGGGCUUGAGUAGGAAAUUUCCAAAGCUGAACAAAGAGACAGCCGUCAGAGCUGUGCAGAUCGUCUUGAGAGACAGCUUUCUGCCUUUGGAAAAGAACAUGGGAAUAUUGAAAUAGGUAUUCUGGGUGGUCGUACGUGUCCUAUCUCGGGUUCUCUCCUUCCAAGCACUCGUCUGCCUGUCUGCUCGGUUCAUGCAAUAGUAGAAGAGAGAGAAUUUCUGUGUUUACUAUGAUCUACUGCAGCGAACAAGUGAACCUGUCAAGACUCGGUGCCCUGCAGACUGUCGCAGCUGGGGUUAUUAUGAAGACGAAUGGUCCGCUAGAGCCGAUCAAGUGUGCGGCCAUAACUGGUGGACACUUGAUGCGGCGGCCUGAUGGGCUGCCAUUUUGGGGUGCUUAUCACAACCGGAAGUUCCACAAUAUCAAUGUCCCAAGCCUUUCUGUGCAUAUCGCCAUAGAGAGUACUUUGCCAACAUUAAUUCAAAAAGUACAUUUGUCCCAGCUGGAUGUGCCCUCAGAAUUGAAGGAGCACAAUCAAACCGAUGCGGCCCCAAGAGCAGUUAGACAAAGCCAACGUAUUUGUGGGCACCGCGCAAUACAGAGUUGCUAUAGAGUGAUGAGACAAGUAAGAGAUCGAGCCUUCUCACCGUCUGAACGUGUCCUCUUCCACGCGCGCGUCGACGCUCAAUCACUGAACGUCGUGGUAGUGAAAAGCAAGGUGGUCAAGGGGAGCUCGAGAAGUCAGGUCGUGUUGAAGACAGUAGAUAAGGAGCACGAAAAGUGGAAAGGAGAAGAGCUGAAAGGCGAGCGAGAGUCUGUUAUUCUGACUAUCGGGCAUAUGCCGCAGAGACGAACACCUCCCUACGAUGUGGGCGGAGAAGAUCAGCAAGGCUCUCGUUCGGCGAAACGCGCAUCUCGAGACACGGACCUAGGCAUGGAGACCGGAAUCAAAGUAAAUGCACCAUCGUGCACAUCUGAGUUUAUGAGCUUGACGACUUGUGUUGUUAUACUUUUCAUCACUGCGCAAUUCGGUAACGAUUGGUCUAAUUGGUAUUGGAAUUGGAUCAGGAUAUCGGUAUUUUUGUGCAGCAGUGCUUGUCGUGCUGUAUUUACGGGGAUAGAUCUGGGUAUUGACUCUGCAGUGAUCUAUGGGGUCGUCACAGCCGUACUCGGCGGGCGUAGUCCAGACGUUUGGAUUUGCCUGACGGCGGCUGUGUCUAGCAUCAUGGUGUCAGACUCGGACUCUGAUGUAACAAUGAACCUCACGUACGAUGAUAUACCAUCUCCUCGAUGGCUUUCAUUGGGCAAUCCAUAUCUGCGGCCUUUGAGAGUCUGUGACAAGGAUAUAUUGAGUUUGGAUUAUAAUGUGACGGCGGUACGUCCGGUAUCCAAAGCAGAGUGCAGCAAGGUGCACAUGAAGCGACAAAUUGCCAGAGGACGAGGAACAGGCCGAGAUAAAACAGUGAAAUAUGUGUUCGCACUUGCCUACCUGGGAAGAUCUGUCAUGAUCCUUGGCCCUGUGCUGCCAAGGUAG